UUAGAGGAGAGAAGCAAGAAAAAAAUAUUCUGAACCAAUGGACUGCAGACACAGUACAGGAGAUGACCAGAGACUGCGGACACAGUACAGGAGAUGACCAGAGACUGCGGACACAGUACAGGAGAUGACCAGAGACUGCGGACACGGUACAGGAGAUGACCAGAGACUGCGAACAGUACAGGAGAUGACCAGAGACUGCGGACACAGUACAGGAGACGACCAGAGACUGCGGACACAGUACAGGAGACGACCAGAGACUGCGGACACAGUACAGGAGACGACCAGAGACUGCGGACACAGUACAGGAGACGACCAGAGACUGCGGACACAGUACAGGAGACGACCAGAGACUGCGGACACAGUACAGGAGACGACCAGA